AUGAACCUGGAACUACUCGAAUCCUUCGGUCAGAACUAUCCAGAGGAAGCAGAUGGCUCCCUGGACUGCAUCAGUAUGGCCCUCACCUGCACCUUUAACCGCUGGGGCACCCUGCUGGCCGUGGGCUGUAACGAUGGCCGCAUUGUCAUCUGGGACUUUCUGACCCGUGGCAUCGCCAAGAUCAUCAGCGCACACAUACACCCAGUGUGCUCGCUGUGUUGGAGCAGAGAUGGACAUAAGUUGGUGAGUGCGUCCACAGAUAACAUUGUGUCUCAGUGGGACGUUCUGACAGGAGACUGUGACCAGAGGUUCAGGUUUCCCUCCCCCAUCCUCAAGCUGCAGUGCCACCCACGGGAUAUGGACAAAGUCCUGGUUUGUCCGAUGAAGUCUGCUCCUGUUCUGCUGACGCUGUCUGACUCCAAACAUGUGGUUCUGCCAGUGGACGACGACUCGGAUCUGAAUGUGGUGGCGGCGUUUGACCGGAGAGGGGAGUACAUCUACACUGGAAAUGCCAAGGGAAAGAUUCUGGUUUUGAAAACUGACUCUCAGGAGCUGGUAGCCUCCUUCAGAGUCACCACAGGAACCAGCAACACCACAGCCAUCAAGUCCAUCGAGUUCGCCCGAAAGGGGAGCUGUUUCCUGAUAAAUACAGCCGACAGAAUCAUCAGAGUUUACGACGGCAGAGAGAUCCUGACAUGUGGACGAGACGGAGAACCUGAACCCAUGCAGAAGCUCCAGGACCUGGUGAAUCGGACUCCAUGGAAACGCUGCUGCUUUUCUGGAGAUGGGGAGUACAUUGUGGCUGGAUCGGCCCGACAGCAUGCACUAUACAUCUGGGAAAAGAGCAUCGGGAACCUGGUGAAGAUCCUCCAUGGCACCAGAGGGGAGCUGCUGCUGGACGUGGCUUGGCAUCCAGUGCGUCCGAUCAUUGCCUCCAUCUCCAGCGGAGUUGUGUCCAUCUGGGCCCAGAACCAAGUGGAGAACUGGAGUGCGUUUGCUCCAGACUUCAAAGAGCUUGAUGAGAAUGUGGAAUAUGAAGAAAGAGAGUCUGAAUUCGACAUUGAGGACGAGGACAAGAGCGAAGCAGAGCAGACCGGAGGAGAUGCUGCGGAGGACGAGGAGGUAGAUGUGACCUCAGUCGACCCCAUUGUGGCAUUCUGCAGCAGUGAUGAGGAGCUGGAGGACUCCCGCGCCCUCCUGUACCUCCCCAUCGCUCCGGAGGUGGAGGACCCUGAGGAGAACCCAUACGGUCCUCCUCCUGACGCUCAGACACAAGGAGGAGCCGAAGAGCUGAGCGGCGACAAGAAACAGAAGCAGAGCACCGAACCUCCCCCCAAGAAGAAGGCCCGCACUACCACCAUCGAGCUGCAGGGGGUGCCCAGCGACGAAGUGCACCCCCUGCUAGGAGUGAAAGGUGACGGUAAAUCAAGGAAGAAGACGGCUGGUCGCCCCAAAGGCUCCAAAGGUAAAGACAGAGAGUUUGUUCGCUCCAAGGCCUUCAGAGACAGGGCGCACUUCUGUGGGCAGCCUCUUGAGGGCACUGCGGCAACUCACGUCAGCGCGGGGCUCAAGGGCACAAGGGCAGAGGGUCUCUCACAGUCGUUCAAGAUGCAUGAUCUCGGGACGCAGGACUGA